AUGAAGAAAUUCAAUCUGUUAUCAACUAAGUUAUGGCAAUCGAUCGAGUCGUGGAUAUUGCCAAGAAAAAAUGUUAUAUCUUUCUCAUUGGCAAGUUUACCACGUUCAUUAGAAAGGUUAAGCCUGGCUCACAGCAGUGUAGCAGAAAUUCCUAGUGAUCUUGGUGCCCUAUCGUCAUUGAAGCAUUUGGAUCUAUCUGCAACCCCAAUUCUGAACCUGCCAGGAAACAUGAAGGGUCUUAUUAUGCUCCAGACUCUGCUGGUAGAAGGUUGCGCAAAGCUCCAAACGCUUCCAGAACUCCCAGCCAGUUUAAACUCACUGGAAGCAGUUGAAGUAGAAAGCUUGUUUGAAAUGAAACCAUUGAGAAACGUUAAGAUAGAAAUGAUAAAAAAUAUGGGAUUGUUCAAUUUGGAAUCCAACGAAAGCUCUGAGAUCGAAAUGAUGAACUACUUGACAAAUACAAUCAAGAAGUGUCGCCUUCAGGGACUGAACGAAUGCGGCAUAUUUAGCAUCUUCCUUCAUGGGAGCAAGAUUCCAGAUUGGUUCAGCUACAUAAGCAUAGGUAACUCGGUGAUGUCGAUUGUUGUACCUUCAAAUCCUAACGUCAAGAUUCGAGGCUUAAACGCAUGCGUUUUAUAUGCACGACGCCCUGAUCAUAAGGGUGGUGAACGUGUUGCCAGUGAACACUUUGUUAAGGUGAGCAAUGAGACCAAGGGUCGCAUGUGGACCUAUUCCCCUGAGGCAAUGGGUCUUCCAAGAGAAAACCAAGACAUGUUAUGGCUGAGCCACUGGAAUUUCGGGGACGAUGAGUUGGAAGGCGGGGAAGAACUACGUGUUUCGGUGAAUUCGGGUUUGUGGGCAAAGGAGUUCGCGAUCCAACUUGGGCAUGAAGAAGAAAAUAAGGGUAAGGGUGUUGGAUUGAAUGGUGAAGAUAUAGUAACACUUCCUUGGAACCAAAAUGUUGUUAAGGCUGGAGAUGUGCCAGGAUCAGUUUCAGCAUCAAAAUAUGAGAUGUGGAAGGGCAAAUACUUUCUAUGCAAUCAUAGAUAUCGAAUUCAUCAAGCUCAAUUCAGAAGGUGCCAGGCGAACUCAGCUUAUGGUGACUAUUCAUACAAGCCAGGGGCCUCCUUUUAUUUGACUAAUUUCUUAUUUACCCAUGAGGUUGAUAUUAGUGAGAAGAAGUUUACGCAAUAUUGA